GAAAACUCAAAGAAGCAAGCACCCAGAGCUGUAAAAAAUAAUUAAAAUGAAAACUCUAUGCUCAUUUUUAGUUUUUGGUCGUUUUAUGCCACAGUUGUGUGUCGUGAAUAAACUAUAAAUUUGUAUGCUAAUCGUCAUCAAAAUAAUACCAACAAAGGUGAUGGAACGAUAACUUAGCUAAAAAUGAAGUCCGUCGUGGCUUACGUACGCAGUUUACUUGGUUUGUGUGAUGACAAUCCAGCAAUUAGAACAAGUUUCAAACGCGACAGGGUAGACGAUGAAUUCUCGUCUGACGAUGAUUCGCCGGCACUCAAAAAGCUUAGACACUUGAAGAGAACUAGUUUUCCUGAUAUAAUGGAUUCGAAUGAUAUUUUUGAAAAAAAUGAUAUUAAAUAUAAAAACGUUAGAUAUGUUCCAAUCCAACUGGAAUCUGGCCACCCCAGUACAUCAACACCCAUUGAAGCUAUUGGAAAAGCUGGCAGUAAAGUGCGAACAGUUCCUAUAAAAUUAGUUGGUCUAACUGAAAAUGGACCUACAACACCUGCACGGAAGCCAAGGAUGCACACCCCUGUCAAACCCGUGAUACAUGCUGUGAUUGAUGAUGAAGAUGAUGACCAAGAGGUAACAUGGGUUGAAAGUAAAAGCAAUAAUAAACAACCAAAAGUUUAUAUCAAUUUAGAAGAUGAAAAUGACAAUGAACAGCAAGAAGAUGACGUGAUAUUCGUUAAGAAGACAACAUCACCUUCUAUCAAACCAUACAAAUUCUUUGUUACGAAAAACAAUCAUAAUGAAGAUUUUGAUACAAAAGAGGAUGAUACUUCAUAUUACAGACUUACUAGGAAGUUGAAUGAACGCAACUAUGCCAAUCUAUCUCCUAAGAGUUACAUCAGCAAAUUUAAAACACCUGCUGGAAUAACAAAAAAUUAUAAGAAAGCUCCAACUCCGGUACCUAGGUGGAUGCAAUCAACAAAAUCUUUGAAUCUCUCUGAUAAAAGGAACAGGUUCUUAAAUCUCAAUGGUAACACUAGAACAACAUUAAAUGAGGUAUUUAAUUUAGAUGAAAAGAGAAAUUACAAAGAAUUGAUUAGGCGAGUGGCAAAUUCUAUGAAACCUAUAAAUCAUGGGAAGCCAAUAGACAUAAUUAAUCUUGCUGAAGAUGCAGCUUCAUUUAGGAUGACACAGAGAUCACAGAAAAAGGCACUAAAUGAUAUUAAAUUGGUAGAAAAAGGUUUGGCAAUCGAUAAAGAAAAUGAAUCUACAAAAGAAUAUGAUCCUAUCACUGUUGCAUCUAUUAAUUCAUCUGACUCUGAGGUGGAAAUUGUUCCAUCUGAGUCAUCUAUGACAUCAUCUGUGAAAAUUGAUCCCGUGAACUCUUUAAGAGACUCAUAUAGAGACAAAGCUGUGACUGCUGGUGACUGGCUGGCGAAAUUAGAUACUAAAUAUAAAAAGAAAAAGCAAGAUACUCAGGAGAAACUUCGGGAUGCACGGAGGGAGUCUGAUAUCAUAUCAAAAGUAAAUAGUGAACAGAAAAUAGCACAUUUGGAGCACAAAUUAAAAUAUGAAUUAAGUAUACCGGAAAGUCUAUUUGAGGAGCCUCAGCCAACAGUAGAAUUACCUCCUCUGACACCUGAACAAGAGAAGUUAGUGAACAGAGCUCUUGGACCUGGACCGCCAGGACAACUGCUUGUAGAAAAAUUCAAUUUAAGAAUACACAGGCGAGACCUUCAGACGUUAGCAGGCCUGAAUUGGUUGAAUGAUGAAGUGAUAAACUUCUACAUGAACCUGCUGAUGCAACGGUGCGAGGAGAAGUCUGAUUUGCCGCGCGUAUACGCGACUAACACAUUCUUCUAUCCAAAACUUAUGCAAGGGGGUCAGGCUGGUCUGCGACGGUGGACUAGAAAGGUGGACAUAUUCGCGCACGACUUGAUGGUAGUACCAGUACACUUGGGAGUGCAUUGGUGCUUAAGCAUAGUGGAUUUCCGAGCCAAAAAGAUCUCUUACCUGGACAGCAUGGGCGGUCGCAACCAAGCCUGCCUAGAUGCACUUCUACAAUACUUACGCGAUGAACAUAAAGACAAGAAGGGGCAACCCUUCGAUGACAGCGGAUGGAGUACAGAAAUACUUAAAGUGAGUUGAUUAUUAUUAUUAUAUUUCUCCAA